CGUCGGCCAUGUCGGUUACCUCAGGGGGCGGGGGCGUCGCUCAGCCCCCAGUAUAUCCAGUAACGCCAGUUGAACGGGCUGGUGGAAAUGACUUGCUAAAAUCAAUUCGAAACGUGGUAGUGAGACAGAAUAGGCCCCUCUGACUGAAAGAACUGUGCUCAUGGAGCCGUUCAUUCUAUCCAUGUAAGAACAACAUGUUUAAAUCACUUAUUUUUUUCCUCUUGCAUGAAGUGAGACUGACUGAGCGCUUUCCAGAGGUAGGAUUUCUCAGCAGAAAAUGGGAUCCGCCGUGAAUCGGAGUAAGGGGUGUCAUGGCCUCAUCACGCCUCUUUGACUAUGGCUCCAGCUCCGCCAAUGGGGCCGACAGCUCCUUCUACACCUCCCUGAUCUCCGACGUCCACUACACCACUCCUCGGGACAACACCUAUUUCACGGGCAUUUACCAGCAGGAGAACAGCCCCGUUCCCUGCUCAGGCAGCACGGAGGGGUUUAAUGCACUGGGGCAUCCCGUUCAAGAUGUGACUGGGUUUGAGUCCCGUGGCUUGUUUAGCUUGGAUUCGGGAAUUGAGAUGACACCCGCAGAGUCUGCUGAGGUUGACAAAACCUUAGCAGAUCCCAUGAAAGUGGAAGGUUAUAAAUACAUGGACAUAAGUAGACCAGAAGAAAUAAAAUACCAAGAAAAACACAAUCCAGACUUGGAAGAUGAGAGCCCAGACGUUAUUGAUGAGUACCGAGGAACACCCAUUGGAUCUGGCCAUGCUGCUGAACCUCAGAGAACAACAGCUUCAGAGGCCACAAAGGCUCCCAAAGAGCAAGACCCACUUGAAGACACGAGGUUUAGAGACCAGCACAGUGCCUCUGUGGUGACAGCCCCCGUCAAGAUCACACUCACCGAGACCCCUGGUGCCAGAGAGGCCACCAGCAAAGAGGCAAGUCUCACACAGCCCAAAUCUGGCCUGAAGCCGAGCCACGAGGUGGUACCCACGGUGACGGUGUCAGAGCCAGAAGAUGACAGCCCAGGCUCUGUCACACCACCAUCCUCUGGCACAGAACCGUCAGGCUCAGAAUCACAGGGCAAAGGCAGCCUGUCAGAGGACGAGCUCAUCAGUGCCAUUAAGGAAGCAAAAGGCUUUUCCUUCGAGACUUCGGAGGUGCAGCAGUCACCGGCCAUUUCUGCAGAGAAACAAGAGCAGAAGAUGAAGCCGGGGCGCCCUGCCGUCCCCUCGCCCCUGGAUAACGAAGCCAGCAGCGCCGAGUCAGGGGACUCGGAGAUUGAACUGGUCUCGGAGGACCCGCUGGCUGCCGAGGAGGUGCUGCACUCCAACUACAUGACCUUCAGCCACAUUGGAGGGCCCCCUCCAUCACCUGCCUCCCCAUCCAUCCAGUACAGCAUCCUGCGGGAGGAGCGGGAGGCUGAGCUUGAUAGCGAGCUCAUCAUUGAAUCCUGUGAUGCCUCAUCGGCCUCUGAAGAGAGCCCGAAGAGGGAGCAGGACUCCCCUCUCAUGAAGCCCAUGGUGAUGGACAUUAUCAAGGAAGAGAAUGGCUCACGUGCCAACGCCUUGGACUACGAAGCUAGUAAAACAACGGAGAGCAGGAUGAACAGGGAGAACCUGGCAGACUCUGCGUCCUACCUGAAAUGCUCCUUUGUUGCCCCAAAAGUAAGCGCUGAGCCUCCAACAUCUGCCGUCAGCACUGAGGAGCUGAAGGAAAGAAUAAUCCUGAAGAAACCCAUUGAAGAAACUGUUGUUAACCAAAGUAAAGUGUCUUCCAAGGACUCUGGGAAAAGAAGCCCCUUGGCUUCGCCUCUGCUGCCGUUUUUAAAUAAGCAGAAAGCUAUCAACCUGUUGUACUGGCGCGACAUCAAGCAGACAGGGAUCGUGUUUGGCAGCCUCCUGUUGCUGCUCUUCUCCCUGACCCAGUUCAGCGUCGUCAGUGUUGUGGCCUACCUGGCCCUCGCCGGCCUCUCGGCCACCAUUAGCUUCAGAAUCUACAAAUCAGUCCUACAGGCCGUGCAGAAGACUGACGAGGGCCAUCCCUUCAAAGCCUACUUGGAUAUGGAAAUGAAUCUCUCACAGGACCAGAUUCAGAAAUACACAGACUGUCUCCAGCUAUAUGUCAACAGCACAGUCAAAGAGCUGAGGAGACUCUUUCUCGUUCAGGACCUUGUGGAUUCUUUAAAAUUUGCAGUACUAAUGUGGCUGCUGACUUACGUGGGAGCCCUCUUCAAUGGCCUGACUCUUCUGAUAAUGGCUGUGGUGUCUAUGUUUACUCUCCCCGUUGUAUAUGACAAGUACCAGGCACAGAUUGAUCAAUACUUGGGACUUGUGCGGACCCACAUAAACACUGUUGUGGCAAAGAUUCAGGCUAAAAUCCCAGGUGCUAAGAGAAAGGCAGAGUAAAGCAGACAUCAAGAAUUCAUCGACUACAGUAAUGAAUAUCGGGGGAAUCCGGAGCGAAACAGCUCUGUUCUUACACUUUACUGCAAAUUUAUCGUUCUUUUUUUUCUCAACACCAUAAUAUUAGAAACAUGAAACUCGGAAGCAGUGCUUUUCCCCUGCUGCUUCUGCACUUAGAAUAUUUGCAAUCACUUGUGUCAAGCACUAAAGUAUAGCAAAGAGAAAAGUGUACUAGAUGUGGUUUUUUGUGUUGCUUAUAAAGUGCAUGAUGGUGAGCGCCUAAAUAAUAUUGACCUUUUUUAUUUUAUUUUUUUAGUGUUUUUCCUUCUUCUAUUGGCAUUGCUUCUAUAACUUUCAAUGUUACAUGUGGCUAGGGGCUUUCCUGCUUAGCGCACUGAUGCAAUAGUUAAAAUUGCUUCUACGUCACUGGGUUGCUGGUUGGAUUCAUCUUUAUUAACUAUAUAGAAUUGUAGACUGAUGUUUUAGUGUUUUCCAGCACAAAUAAAAUAAACAGUAAUCGGUA